AUGUUCAAGCAACGAUCUCACGAUACCCACCAUGGCACUCACCUGCCCCAAAUCGAGGGACAACCUGGCCACUACGAGAUAGCACUGCUCGGCGACAGUCUUUUUGAGCGGUUCAAGACCACCGGCAAAAAUCUGAGUAUCAACCAGAACUCACAAAUCCUGAACCUCGGCGUGGGUGGAGACAAAGUCACCAAUGUCCAGUAUCGUAUCGCCCGAGGACUCAUCAAGUCUCUAAAGCAGCAUCAACCCAACCUCAAGCUUAUCUACAUCCACAUGGGAAGCAACGACCUGAAGAAGGCAGGUCUUCGCAAGCAGGAAGCCGAGAUGUACAAUGAUUUGAUUACGGAGCUCCGAACCAACUACCCCGAUAUCCCGAUCGUGAUCACGGCGCUAUUCUUCCAGCGUGGUCUCGCCAACAGUAUCAUCGGCGAUGCAAAUGAUGCUUUGAAGACAAUUGCAGUGGAAAACCGUUGCGAAUUUCUGCCAUUCGGUGAAAAUCAAGACGGGAUUAUGAGCGAAGACAAUGUCCAUCUUAACGAGUUCGGUUAUACGAGAUGGAAUGAAAUCCUCGCGAAUGAUAUGAAGAGCCGAUAG